UCAGAGAAACUCUUCGAAGCCUAAGGACAACACCUUACUACUACUGCCACUCUGCAUCCACAAGAGACUAAGAUUUAAAAGCCACAAAGACAGGCUGUGCCCUACUCCAUAUACCCUACAGACUCGGGCCUCCACCCUCCUCCCGUCCCUAUUGCCCAUCCGUCCCUCCCUCCCUCAGUAGUGAGUCAUGAAGUGGUCCCUGUGGAGCCUACUGCUGGUGGUGGUGCGUCUGUGUUCACCAGGACGGAGUGACUGCCAGGGUGACUGCCUGGCCUGUGGCCUCCUACUACCCCUACCCAACCCCCAGACCCAGGGCCAGCAGCAAACAUUCAACACACUGGUGUGUCUGUUGGAGUGUGAGGGUCACGUCUUCCCUGCCCUCACCUGGGAGCUGUGUCAGCGAUCCAUCCUACCGCACUACCUCCUCCCACCAGGUGGCGGCGCUGUGUCUAAGAGAGCAGCAGAGGAGCUGAACCUGGGCCCUGUACACCUGGAGUCUGAUGGACAACUCCUCUACUCUGCAGCCAUGGAGCACUACCAGCAGGACAGAGAGGACCAGGAAGACAGGGCCCUGGAGCAACGUGAUGCCCAGUACGACGACUCCACGCUGGACUCGACCGAGGAGGAAGACUCCCUGGCUCUGGAAAACAGGGAGGAGAAGAAGGAGGAAGAGGACAGGAGGAGGAGCAGUCAGGAGGAGGGAGGAGACGACGAGGAGGAGGCCGCGGUCCAGCUGACCAAGCGUUUCGGGGGCUUCCUGAAAGGUCACCACGGUUAUAGGAAGUUGAUUGGCGGGCCGGUGGGGCGGCCACUGCAGAAACGCCUCGGAGGGUUCAUCGGGAUCAGGAAGUCGGCCAGGAAGUGGAAUAACCAGAAGAGGGUGAGCCAGCUCCUCCGGCAGUACCUGGGGAUGACCAGCAGCAGCAUCCCUGGCCGCGGUGUUGGUAGGUUCAAUAACCCAGCCCAGGGAUUCAGGAGGCUACCCAGCCGGCUGUAGCCUUCCCUUCCCUCCACAGCCCCCCGAGGGAGUAGAAUUCUCUUCUCCCGUGCCUCCACCCUCCCAAGUACCUCCAUAGAAAUAAUAAUGACUAUAGUUUACCAUUUGUCUACUAUUAUUUUGGUGUUCUAUUCCUAUAGUUACCAACUAUGUCUACAGGGACCGUGAACUCCCUCAUACCUCAUCAGCCUAAUGAGGAAGAGUAAUGAUAUCGUCGUUCUGAAACCCAUCCGGUGUUGUGAAGAGAAGGAAUGUUUCCUUACAACCAUCAAUGUUUCUCCCCCCCUACCGCCCCAGUUAAUGAACUGCAUCCUGAAAAAUAAAAGUGCAAUGUAAUAUUGUGUGUCAGUAUCGUAAAAUCCAGACGACAUGAUAUUAGAUCCUGGAUAUAAUACCACCCUAUGUUAAGAUGAUGACUGGAUGGAUGUUUAUGAUGUAUGUUCAGCUCCUCUGCUGCUCUCUUAGACACAGCGCCGCCACCUGGUGGGAGGAGGUAGUGCGGUAGGAUGGCUCUCUUAGACACAGCUCCCAGGUGAGGGCAGGGGAGACGUGACCCUCACACUCCAACAGACACACCUGUGAACAGACAGAGAAGGACAGGGAGAGGUGUUAGUAGAGUCUAGACUAUAUGUAUGCACUUUAACUUUUUAUUUAUUUAAAGCUUGAGCGAGUGAGGGGUUGCAUUUGUUAUUUGCACUGUUCACGGUCUCUGGGUCAUUAAACAACUGGUGCUCCGCUUCUUCUCUAUUCUGAGAAUAUACUGUGUGUGUCACUGGGCAGAGAACAGRCGUCACUAUCUGGCCAAGUUGCAAAGUUGGAAGCCUUGCCUAUUCUACAAUUUAUCUUCUUAAAAUCUGAUUUUAAACCUAACCCUAUAACCUUAAUCCUAAACUUAACCUUUACCUCCAACCUUUGGCUUGCCCUCCUCAUUUUUUAUUUACACCAAAAAGCUCAUUUUAGUUUUCAUAAAUGUMUACUAUAUAGCCAAUUUAGAUUUUGCAYCUUGGCCAUAUAGUGGGAACCGCAGAGUGGACCAGCUACCAGACAGUAGGGUAACACUGCCCCCUGGUGUUGGUAGAGUAAAUCAGCAUCCCAGACAGUAGGGUAACACUGCCCCCUGGUGUUGGUAGAGUAAAUCAGCAUCCCAGACAGUAGGGUAACACUGCCCCCUGGUGUUGGUAGAGUAGAUCAUGUCCUGUAUUUGUCUUCUAGGAUACAUUCCAAACUGAAUUUACCACCUAUCUGAUUUUGACCACAAAAAAAAAGGCAAGACGAGAGAUAUGUGCAUGUUAUCUUCUUGUUACUGUAUGAAACACAGUGUGUCUGCUUGUCUGAAAAUACUCAAUAACACAACACUAUGUUAUGGUUUUAGGUUAGAAUUUCACCUGUUAGAGGUUGAUAUUGUUUUGCCACGCAUACCUUUAGGCAGUAUUUAUCCAGUACUGUACUGGGGUAUGUUAAAGAGUGUGUGUGUGUGUGUGUGUGUGUUUGUGAGUACAUGUCUCUCGUUCAUACACAAAGAACUUUGUGAAUACAGUGUACAUUUCUAAUGUGUAUUAUUGUUCAAAAGUCUUUAUGAAACCUGUAUAGAGAAAAAUACAAUAAAUGAGUUUGCUAUUUCUCUUGUGGAUUGUCGUUACAGAAAAUUGUCAGUGCCCAAUAUUCUCAGUGGUUAUUUUUGUUGAUACUUUAUUUGAAUGUGUUAAUAACAUUAGACAAUAUGUUUUGUUGUUGUUUCAUUAGAAGGCUGAUUACAAAUUCAGUUGUCUAAUUGCCUGAUCCCUUGGUAGUGGUCCAAUAGUAGGAUUGGGUUCAAUUCCAAUUGAAAUCAAUCAAUACAGGAAGUGAUUUGAAUUAAAAUAUUCUAAACUUGACAAGCUUUUUGAAAUAAUUAGCUUCUUCUCUUCCAUUUAUUGAGAAAUCAUUGAGAACACACACAAUUUUUUAAAUUGGAAUUUCAGUUUAAUUCCUGAAUMGACUGCCCAAUUCAAAUUGACCCCAAUACUGUCCAGAAGCUUAUACAGACAGAACCAUAACAAUGCUUACCAAGACGGAGAAGAGUAAAAUACUGUUAUGGAAGGAACUGACUCCAUUCAAACCACAACGAGUCAAACCAAAUGUAGCUUAUUUGUCAUUAUCCUUGUAAAAUACAUUUCCAUAAAAUGUGCCAAAACAUAACAUAAACCUCUGCCUACCUCUCAAGCGGGACAGAAAGACAAUCAUUUAAAAAGAGACACAAACACAAAAUAGUCCAAAGGAAGAACUCAUAGAUAGCACACCAUGUAGAAGUAACAGGUUUCCAUUACCUCCGUAGAGACCACAGGGAAGAAUGAAAUGUUGAAGAAAAAGAGAAA